AGACCAAGAUGGAUCUUACACAUGCAGGCCCAGAUGUGGCGCUUCCUCAUGGGAAUUGGAAUGCUGCUCCACCGCAUGGCACCUCCUCACCCGCCAAAACCGUCCUUCAAGCGAUCCAUCAAGGCGACUGUUAGUUCCAAGCCUGGCUCAUUCGAAUUGCACUUCUAUGUGCCCAAGGAUUACGAGAAGCAUCGCCGUAUGGACUUUAGCCAGAAGAAAUACCCUUGUGUCAUCAACUUCCACGGUGGAGGUUUCACUCUGGGCAGCCCUAGUGAUGAUGCUCGUUGGUGUGGAACCGUCGUCGACGAAUGCGCUGCUGUCGUCGUCAGUGUCGACUACCGCCUGGCUCCCGAGAAUCCCUUCCCUACCGCUGUCGAGGACGGUGUAGAUGCUGUGCUGUACAUGGCCAACAACGCAGACGAACUUGGCAUCGACGAGAAUAAGAUUGCGCUUUCCGGCUUCAGCUCCGGCGCCAACAUGGCCUUCACCGUCCCUCUCCGCCUGUACGACCACCAAAGCGAAUUCAGUAGAGUCGAGACAAACAACGGUGCCUCGUCGUCUCUUCUCAGUCUUCCUCGCGCACAGGAUCCCAGCUCUUCCAGUCUCAGUGUCGACCGCAUCGUCCGCAGUCGCAGUCAUACCGUUGCUCCCACUCUGGCAAGCCUGCAGAAACAGCAAAUGUCGGUCAAGCAAUGCGAAACCGUCCAGUCCGUCUCUCUCUGCGCCAUCGUCCCCUGGUACCCCUCCUGCGACUACACCCAGACCCGCGAAGAACGCCGCAACACUUCGGUCCGCACAGAUCAAGAUCUCCCUGCCAUCUUCACUAACCUGUUUGAUGAAUCAUACCUGCAUCCUCCGGAUACUAUCCCUCUGGACUCGCCCUAUCUUUCUCCCGGCAUUGCUCCUACGAAUCUCCUUGCCGAAGCUCUUCCUCAAGACAUCAUCAUGCACACAUGCCAGUGGGACAUGCUCCUCGCUGAGGGUGAAAAGUUCCGCGAUCGUCUUACUGGAAAGGGCAUCAACAAGACUGUCCACUACAAGAUGAUUGAAGGUGUACCUCAUGGUUGGGAUAAGGCUCCCAAUCCGUUAAAACCUACCCCUGGUGUCAAGCAGCAUUACCUCAAUGCCACGAACCACCUACGACGAGUAUUC